UUCAAUCAUGAGUCUCAAAGAUCCAUUGGAACACAUGGAAGUAUGCUGUGAGCCCUUAUGUCCAGUGUGUGGUCAGUCACACUUACCAGAAGAGAACCAUGCAUACAGCUACACAGAAGACGUGGACGAUGAUCUAAUUUGCCACAUCUGCCUGCAGCCUUUGCUUCGGCCGCUGGACACGCCUUGUGGCCAUACCUACUGCACAGUUUGCCUUACAGAUUUCUUAGUAGAAAAAGACUUCUGCCCUAUGGAUCGCAAAAUUCUUACCCUACAGUCUUGCAGGAAGUCUAGUAUACUAGUAAAUAAACUCCUGGAUAAGCUAAUGGUUAGCUGCCCUUUCACAGAACACUGCUCAGAGGUCAUUCAGCGUUGUGAUCUUGAACAACAUUUUCAGAAUGGAUGUAAAGGAGCAUCCCAUUAUGGCCUUACCAAGGACCGAAAGCGACGUUCACAGGAUGGAUCUCCCGAUUCUACUGCUGCUUUGACUGUAGCUGCUCUCGGUCCAGAGCUCUCUGCUGCCGCCACUAUAGCCUUAAUGACAGAUGAGCCGGGUUUAAUUAAUCCAGCCUUCAGCACCACCUCUGAGGACUGCCAGUCGGGACCCAGCUCCUCAGAUCUUAACAGAAGCAACCAAACUAGACCUCGACAUUUCGAACGUUCCACUAUAAGAAGCAGGUCCUUUAAGAAAAUAAACAGAGCUUUCAGCGUUCUUCGGAGGACAAAAAGCGGGAGUGCUGUUGCUAACCAUGCUGAACAGGAACAAGAGAAUGUUGAAAGAAUGGUUGCCUCAGAGGAAGUGUUCCCAAGGUUAUAUCACCUCAUCCCAGAUGGCGAAAUUACCAGCAUUAAGAUGAGCCGCAGCGAUCCCAACGAAAGCCUUGCCAUUAGGAUUGUGGGAGGGAGCGAAACGCCAUUGGUUCACAUCAUUAUACAGCACAUCUAUCGCGAUGGAGUCAUUGCCAGAGAUGGAAGGUUACUCCCUGGGGACAUGAUACUGAAGGUAAACGGUAUGGACAUCAGAAACGUACCGCACAGUUACGCCUUGUCGGUUCUGAGGCAGCCCUGCCAAGUCCUCCGGCUGACCGUUCUCAGGGAGCAGAGGUACAGGUGUCGGAACAGCGGGCUUCCCCUGGACGUGCCCUGCAACCGGGAUGACAGUGCUCACGUUGUCCUGAACAAAAGCAGCCCCGACGAACAGCUGGGCAUCAAGCUGGUACGCAAGGCAGACGAAACGGGGGUGUUUGUUUUCAACUUGCUGGAAGGAGGCGUCGCGGCCAGGGAUGGACAGCUUCAGGAGAAUGACAGGGUUCUAGCGAUUAACGGCCAUGAUCUUCGAUACGGAAGUCCGGAGAGCGCGGCCCAGCUUAUACAGGCUAGUGAGAAGCGCGUCCACUUCACCGUGUCUCGGCAAAGGCAGCAGGCUCCAGAUAUCUUGCAGGAGGCUGGAUGGGAUUACAAUGGUAGCCAUCAACCUUGUCCUGCACAGAGGAAUAAUCCUAACAAGGCUGCCCUCCAUGCGGUCACCUGUCACGAAAAGGUGGUGGUUGUCCAAAAAGAUAAUGCAGAGUCACUGGGAAUGACAGUGGCAGGCGGUGCGUCCUCCCACAGGGAAUGGGAUUUGCCUAUUUAUGUAAUAAGCGUCGAGCCAGGUGGAGUCAUCAGCAGAGAUGGCAGAAUCAAAACAGGUGACAUUCUGCUCAAUGUAAACGGAAUUGAUCUGACAGGUGUCAGCCGUGGGGAGGCAGUAGCCCUUUUGAAAAACACCUCCUCGUCUGUAAUCCUCAAAGCCCUAGAACUGAAAGAGUGUGAGACCCUGGUGGAUGAGAGCGACGGGUCUCUACUCAGUGCCCAUUUGAACACCUCCGGCCCCAGUGAAUGGUCUCCUUCCUGGGUGAUGUGGCUGGAGCUGCCGCGGUAUUUGUACAGCUGCAAAGAAAUUGUAUUACGAAGAAAUACAGCGGGAAGCCUUGGCUUCAGCAUCGUGGGUGGUUAUGAAGAAAACAGUGGAAACAAGCCAUUCUUUAUCAAAUCCAUUGUUGGAGGGACUCCAGCCUAUCAUGAUGGAAGAAUUAGGUGUGGUGACAUCCUCCUUGCUGUUAAUGGCAGAAAUAUUUCUGGAAUGGUGCAUGCUAGUUUGGCAAGGAUGCUAAAGGAGUUGAAGGGGAAAAUUACGCUCACCAUUGUGUCCUGGCCUGGCACUUUUUUAUAAAGAUUCGUUUCAGCUGGAGAGCAACAAAUCAUUUUGACACAAAUCAAGCACUUAAUAUGGACAUUUGUUUACUCCACUUUCUGGUCAACUGUAUACUUGUAAAAGAAAAUUGUGAAAUGUAAAUGUGCAUACACAAACAGAA